CACGUGGUGACGUUUUUGCAGCGGUAGCAAAACAUCCGCAUUGACGCUCGCUGGUGUGUCAGUGAGCCCGGAAAAAAAUAACUUUUUAACAUUUGAUUUGGACAUAAUAGAACCGUAAGAAGAAGCGGCCGAGGUUCCCUCCGGACCAUGCCCCACGACCCCGACCCUCCUCCGGCUAAAAGGUUCAAGCCGGGCUCCGCUCUGUUCCGCUUCGACAAGAACAAGCCCGGCAUGCUGCUGCCUCGGAAAGGAAACGCGAUCAGUCCCGUAGAAGUCCAGAGGAAGCAGCUCCCCAUCUACCAGGCGAGACCGCAGCUGCUGAACCAGCUGAGGCAGCUGCACAGCGCUAUUGUCAUAGGAGAGACCGGCUCUGGGAAGACCACCCAGAUCCCUCAGUACCUGUAUGAAUCCGGCAUCGGGCGACAGGGUGUCAUUGCCAUCACUCAGCCCCGUCGAGUUGCUGCCAUCUCCCUUGCAGGAAGGGUGGCAGAAGAGAAGAGGACUCAGAUCGGCAAGCUGGUUGGCUACACGGUGCGCUUUGAGGACGUCACCUCUUCUGAGACAAAACUGAAGUUCAUGACGGACGGCAUGCUCCUGCGCGAGGCCAUCGGAGACCCCUUACUGCUGCGCUACACGGUGGUGGUCCUGGAUGAAGCUCACGAGCGCACUGUGCACACCGAUGUUCUAUUUGGCGUGGUUAAAACUGCUCAGCGCCGGCGCAGGGAGCUGAACAAGGUUCCCCUGAAGGUUAUAGUGAUGUCUGCCACGAUGGAUGUGGACUUGUUCUCCGAGUAUUUCAACAAGUCGCCUGUGCUGUACCUGGAGGGGAGGCAGCAUCCCAUUCAGAUCUACUACACCAAGCAGCCCCAGUCCGACUAUCUGCAGGCUGCUCUUGUUACCAUCUUCCAGAUCCAUCAGGAGGCACCGCCUUCUCAUGACAUCCUGGUGUUCAUGACGGGGCAGGAGGAGAUCGAGGCUCUGGCGAGGACGUGCAGAGACAUCGGCAAACAUUUGCCUGAUGGCUGUGGCCCCAUGGUGGUUAUCCCCUUAUAUGCAUCGCUGCCCCCUGUACAGCAGCUCAGGGUCUUCCAGUCGGCUCCCAAGGGCUGUAGGAAGGUCAUCCUCUCUACCAACAUCGCUGAGACCUCAGUUACUAUUUCAGGGAUUAAGUAUGUCAUCGACACGGGGAUGGUGAAGGCCAAACGUUUCAAUCCUGACAGCGGUUUGGAGGUUCUGGCGGUACAGCGGGUCUCCAAGGCUCAGGCCUGGCAGCGAGCGGGCCGUUGUGGCCGCGAGGACUCGGGCUGCUGCUACCGUCUCUACACUGAGCAGGAGUUUGACAGCUUCAUCCCCAUGACCGUCCCCGAGAUCCAGAGGUGUAACUUAGCCGGCGUGAUGCUGCAGCUGAUGGCUCUGGGGAUUCCAGAUGUGAUGAAUUUUGAUUUCAUGUCCAAGCCUUCUCCAGAGGCUGUGCGUUCCGCUGUGGAGCAUCUGGAGCUGCUGGGGGCCGUGGAGAGGAAGGAGGGGCAGGUCAUCCUCACCGCUCUGGGGAAGAAGAUGGCCUGCUUCCCUCUGGAGCCCAGAUAUGCCAAGACCAUCCUGUUGUCUCCAGAAUACUCCUGUUCGGAGGAAGUCUUGAGCAUCCUGUCCCUGUUGUCAGUGGACACUGUACUGUACAACCCUCCGGCCCGGCGGGAGGAGGUGCUCGCAGUGCGCAAGAAGUUCAUGUCUAGCGAGGGAGACCACAUGACGCUGCUCAACAUUUACCGAGCCUUCAAGAAAGUCAGCGGCAACAAGGAGUGGUGUCGCGAGAACUUUGUGAACAGCAGGAACAUGGGUCUGGUGAAGGACGUCCAGGCGCAACUCAGAGAAAUCUGCCUUAAGCUGAAUCUGAAGCUGGAGUCGUGCGGCGCAGACACGGGCAAAGUUCGCCGCUGCCUCGCCCACGGGAUGUUCGUCAACGCCGCGGAGCUGCAGCCGGACGGCAGCUACUUGGCUCUGGACACCCACCAGCCCGUAGCCAUCCACCCCUCGUCCGUCCUCUUCCAGGCCAAGCCGGCAUACGUGAUCUUCAACGAGCUGCUGCACACCUCGCGCUGCUACAUGAGAGACCUCUGUUUGGUGGACCCCGACUGGCUGCUGGAUGCAGCGCCAGAGUACUUUGGCCGCAAGCUGCGUCUGAGCAAGAGCUAACAGGACUCCCGCCUCCAGUCACAACGUGCUCUUUGGGUUCACACCCUAACUACUGUAUAAGUCAGAGCAGAACGUUUUCUACGCCAGAAACCUCUCUGGACUCCUCUACCUCCCAGCUGACGUGCAUCUGGCAUGUAUCGCUGCAGAUCUGCAUAAAGAGGCCUCUCGACUCUCGACAUCCUCCAGCUUCAAAACCUGUCUGAAAGUAUCUUAAUUUCAUCAUUUGGCCAAUCUUUAAGACUAUGUUAACAUGCAUUUAAAAGCACAGAUGGCUUCACAUGAGCUCAGUUAACACCUGACUCAGAACAGUCCAAGCGCUCUUAUCACAUUUUUAUUCCAAUGUGUUGAACUGAAAUCCCAUCAGCGUCCAGAGGACUGUCGCGUGGUUCCCGGUUCUCGUCUGUUCAAUAUAACCUUUAAUAAUUGGACUUUGUAUUCAAAAAAAUUUGCUUUUCAGAAGCUAAGAAAGGAAACGUGAUCUUCCUCACGAUGUAGUUUCAGGUUUGUAUAGAGGGGCCUCAGAGAGUUUUCUAAAUUUAAAGAUGGAUUUGUUGUAAUCUCUUUAGUAAAAAGCAAUGAUUUGAGUUAAAAUGUCAGUUUGACAUGAUUCCACUUUGAAUAGUCCACUUGAAACACCUACCAUGUCAACUUGUGCAUGCUGUCUUAUUGAUUGUGAAAACAUUUCGUCUGCAGAUAGCAUGCACGUAAGAGGAGUGGCAUGCCUUCUCUGUCCAGGUUCUGCUCGUUCACGUUGCGUGUCUCAGAUUCACCUUAGAUGCACCUCCACAGCGACGUGCACGCCGACAGCCAACGCAUGCCGUGCAUGGAAGCAACAGCCAGUGAUCGGAUCACUCAGGUCCUCAGAACUUUCUAGAAUGUAAACCGCAUAACGGGCAGUCCUUACUUGUUUUGUUUUUUUACAUAAUGGGCUCAGGACUUUAAUGUAUUUACUGUAAGCCGAACAGAAUACACCCACCGUUGCUGACUCUGCUGGAAAACACCAAAUGCAUCUGUUCUCUGUGGAGAAUCGUCAAACUAUGCCGCACUUUUGUUGACCGAGUCUCGGAGAUCACGCUGCCUGUAAGGUUUAGAAGUAAACCAGCACCAUUUAAGAUCUGCAUUUACUUUACAUGCCUGCAUGCAGUUUAUAAGAAGAAGUGCAUGCCUUUGAUGAACUGAAUUCAGAGUUCAUAUGUUCAUGAUUUGUUAUAGUCUUGCAUAAAAACAGUUGUUAUACUUUUUAAUAAAAAAAACUCUUUCACCUGUUCCAGAAAAUAAGUUUGCAAGAGUAAAGAUUCAAAGAGACGUGCAUGUUAUGAAAAAUGAGAAUCCUACAUAACUUUGUGAUAUUAUGUAAUCCUUUGUCUCUUGGUUAUGAGACGUCCAACUGGUACAUUUGUAUAAUUUGUAAAAGAGGCUGUUCAUUAAGUCAUGUCAACAACUGUCAGACGCUCAUGUUGACUGACUCUUUAAGAAAUUAUUUUUUUUCACUAUUGUUUAAUCAUUCUAUAAAACGGGUCCAUCUGGCAGCAGGUCUGCAUGAUGCAACUGUUUCACAUCAUGCUGAGAUUAGGGAUGUCCCGAUCAGGUUUUUUUGCGCCCGAGUCCGAGUCCUUUGAUUUUGAGGACUUGCCGAUACCGAGUCCCGAUCCGAUACUUUUAUAAA